CAUUACUUUUGCGAGCUGUUUUUGCAUGACAUUCCCAUGGAAACCGGAAAACUUUGCUUAUUUUGCAACAAAAGUAGGUUUUCGCAUUGAUGAAGUGGAAUUUUUGUGAAAUAACAAAUUAAGUAAAAUGGUGGUAACGAAAACAGCUUCAGGUGUGAAGGUGGCAGCUGGAGGUGGCAAUGGCAAUGGCAACUGCACCAGUAACGGUGUUGCACGACGCACACCAACCACUGGGCCAUCAGACGGCGCACGCCCACCACAAACGGUGGCUAAGGACAAGUCAGACGUCUCGGCGGGCAAGGAGAAGUCAGCAUUGCUUACCAACAAAUGUAUACUGAGGACCAUCACCGCGUUUCUGGCGAGCAACAAACGCAACUCCUACAAUGCACAAAUUCGCGCCAAACAGACGAAUAGGCGACGUCGUCAGCGCAAGAUGGACGAGUUAAGCGGCAAAAUAAAUCCGAAAUUGUUGGAGAAUUUACGGAAAAAGACAAAGUUCACCAAAGCUGAGAUCGACGCUUUGUGUCGAAUCUAUCGAAAACUCAUAUCAAAUUGUCAAUAUUCAGCAAAAGCAUUAGCCACCGGUAGCUCCAGUGCGGCAAUAGUAAAACCGCAUGCAACAGUGGAGGGAAUUGAUCGCGUUGUGUUCCGCGAACUGCUGCACAGCACAUUCGAUAUUGUAACCGAAGAAAUUCUCAUGGAACGCUUAUUUUGUUGUUGGGAUCGCGCACACGUGGGCCUACCAUUACGUUUGGAGGGUUGGUUAACCGGCUUGUCGAUAUUCCUACGUGGCUCAUUAGCCGAGCGCGCAAACUUUUGCUUUCGCAUUUACGAUUUGAAUAGUGAUGGAUUCAUCACGAAGGACGAGAUGUUUACAUUGUUGCGUAAUUGUCUUAUCAAACAACCGCAAGACGAAGAUCCUGAUGAGGGUGUUAAGGAUUUGGUAGAGAUUGUGCUGAAAAAAUUCGACUUGGAUAAAGAUGGCAAGGUUUCCAUAGAAGAUUUUAUGAGUACUCUAGAGGCCGAACCCUUGCUGUUGCAAGCCUUUGGGCAAUGCUUACCAUCUGAGACGGCCACUGUUUCAUUCUUUUCAACAUUACAAAUAUAAAUUUCCAGUUCUACUGUUU